AUGUAUGUAUGUAGAAUUUGUCAGAAAUUUUCUCGCACAAAGCAAAGUGUUUUGGAUAAACGCUAUUUAAUCGUAGUACGAUGCGCCAGCGCAAGUAGAGUCCAUUCAGCAAACUACAGUGUAAGGAUCCCAAGCCCGGAGAUUCCAGAGGGACAGGGUCAGCACUCGAAAUCAGGCUCUGCAAGCGAUUUUCUCACCAAGGCGUAGGCACAGGCGUUGUGGAUCAUCGCGUCUCCUAAUCCGAGCAGGUGAAACAUGAAGAUGGCUGACGGCUCGACCAUAUUGCGUAGGAACCGGCCAGGCACAAAAUCCAAGGACUUCUGUCGCUGGCCCGACGAGCCCCUGGAGGAGAUGGACAGCACGCUGGCGGUGCAGCAGUAUAUCCAGCAGCUGAUCAAGCGCGACCCGAGCAAUGUGGAGCUCAUCCUGACUAUGCCCGAGGCGCAGGACGAGGGUGUAUGGAAGUACGAGCACCUGCGCCAGUUCUGCAUGGAGCUCAAUGGCCUGGCCGUACGACUGCAGAAGGAGUGCUCACCGUCGACGUGCACCCAGAUGACGGCCACCGACCAGUGGAUAUUCCUGUGCGCCGCCCACAAGACGCCCAAGGAGUGUCCGGCCAUCGACUACACGCGCCACACUCUGGACGGAGCCGCGUGUCUGCUGAACAGCAACAAGUACUUCCCGAGCAGGGUGUCGAUCAAGGAGUCGUCAGUGACCAAGCUGGGUUCCGUGUGCCGGCGUGUGUACCGCAUAUUUUCGCACGCCUACUUUCACCAUCGUCGCAUCUUCGACGAGUUCGAGGCCGAGACUUAUCUGUGCCACCGAUUUACGCAUUUCGUCACAAAAUAUAAUCUGAUGUCCAAGGAGAAUCUUAUUGUGCCCAUCAACGCGGCCGAGAACGCGGCCCCCGGCGAGAGCGAGGCCUAGGCGCAGAUCAGCUAGACUCGCGUGGAACACUCAUUCAACAUACAUCUAUUUAUAUUUACCAAUAACUUGCAGCUUGGGUUGGCUCACCCUGACAGAGACACACGGACGGAGCGAACCCGACUCGAAUGCAGAUCUUGUAUGUAGUUUAGAUGUCCGAUACACAUAGAGCUACAUAACGAUAACCCAGAUAUACGCAGGCCCCCUUCACACGUCUCGCCCCAUCUGAUCCUAAGUCAGCAAUUAUUCCGCAAGUUAUAUUACGAUUAUGUUUAACUCCUUAUUUUAAAUAAAUUAUACGUAGACACACGACCUUCUUGUGGCUAAACCCACAACAGAACCCCGAAAACCAAAUUCUCCUUGACAACUGGCAGCCAAAACACCAAGACAGCUGUACGUGACUAAACGUGAACUUUACUAUACAAAAUUACUAUAUACACAACAGAAAUUGCAAUAAAAGAAGUACAUACACA